ACAGUAGUAAUGAGUAAACCUUGCUGUCAUAUUACCUUAUUCUUAUGGAGCUCACUUCAGCAGCUGCUCUGCUGCAGCACUGAUCAUUUUAGAAUCACUUUUGAUCAUUGUCUCCCAUGUGAUUGUUUCUUUAACAACAAAUAGGCUGUAAUAGACUGUGUCAGAAACAGGAUUCAAACAGGCGCUGCACUAUAUCACUGAGGUGCUGAUCGCAGAGAGAAGUAUGAUAAAGCAGGUGUUACUUGGGAUUUUGUGUGGCACUGCCAUGCUCGUCACAGGAAUCCUCAUCGGCCACUUUGCCAUUACCCAGAGCAGCAGCAGCUCAUCACCAUCUUGGGUGAAAGAAGUGGCGAAGGAUGUGGAUGAGAGUCUCAUCGAGAAGUUCCUGUCGGAGGUGGACAACCUGCAGAUUCAGGAAAAUUUGCGGGUGUUGACAAAAGUACCUCAUAUGGCAACAACAGCUGGAGAUGAAGAGACAGUGAAGUUUAUGCUGAAGAGAUGGCAGGACGCUGAAACAGGUCUGGACCAGGCCUGGAGGGAAGAGUACAUGGUCUACUUGUCCUUCCCUGACCCCAAAAACCCCAAUAAGGUGACUGUAGUGAGUCCAUCUGACACUGUGCUGCACUCUGCCAGAGAGAAAGAGAAGCCUUACUAUCCAGAUCAGGAAGAUACAGAGGUGGUUCAGCCAUAUGCUGCAUACUCUCCUGCAGGACAUGCAAAGGGGAAACUGGUUUAUGCCAACCAGGGAAAACCAAGCGACUACCAGCUGCUGAACCAGACAGUCGACCUGAGAGGAACCAUUGCUAUCACCAGAUACGGGGGAGCAGGGAGAGCAGCUAAAGCCAUCAAUGCCGCACCCUAUGGCGUCCUUGGUGUGCUUGUCUACACAGACCCUCUGGACAUCAACGAUGGUCUUAUGUCAGACAUCAACGAGACUUAUCCGCACUCCUGGUACCUGCCGCCCUCUGGUGUGGAGAGAGGAUCCUUUAACUCCCACUUUGGAGACUUACUCACCCCCUACCUGGCUGCCAAAGAUGAAACAUACAGAAUUCCAGUCGAGAACAUCACAGGAAACCCUCCAAUCCCUAUUCAACCAAUUGGAUUUGAGGAUGCCUAUGCGUUAAUCUGUCAGCUCGCUGGAGAAGCUGCUCCAGCUGCAUGGCAGGGAGCAUUCAACUGCACCUACAACUUUGGUGGUCCAGGGUUCAAACACACAUCACUUUUUAACAACAGUGACGUGAAGAUAGACGUGUUCAACCAUGAACAGGUGAAGAACUCUUCCAAUGUGAUGGGAGUCAUCAGAGGUAGCGUCGAGCCAGAUAGGUAUGUGAUUUAUGGGAACCACAGGGACAGCUGGGUUCACGGUGCGAUUGACCCGAGCAGUGGGACGUCAGUCAUGCUGGAGCUGAGCAGAGUGUUGGGCGCAAUGGUGAAGCAGGGCAAAUGGAGGCCACGCAGGUCCAUUAUCUUUGGAAGCUGGGGAGCAGAAGAGUUUGGCCUUAUUGGGUCGGCAGAAUACACAGAGCAAUACUUCACCAAGCUCAGUGAACGCACCGUUGCUUACAUCAAUGUGGAUAUAGCUGUUUUUGCCAAUGCCACCCUCAGAGCUUCAGGGAUGCCAUCCGUGCAGAACGUCCUCUUCACGGCCGCCAAACAGGUCAGUGCACCUGGAAUGGACUCCAUGUCCGUGUACGACAACUGGAUACGAUACAGCAACAGGACGAGCCCAGCCCAUGGUCCGAUCCCCAGGGUGGGAUACCUAUCAGGUGCAGGAAGCGAUUACGCUGCCUUUGUCCAUUACCUUGGAAUCACUUCAAUGGACCUUUCCUACACAUACGACAGGAGUAAGACGAAUGCUCGUAUUUACCCUGCGUACCACACAGCAUACGACACCUUUGACUACGCCUCAAAGUUCAUCGAUCCUGGGUUCGUAAGUCAUCAAGCUAUCGCCAGGACAGCAGGAAAUGUGUUGAUCCGACUGGCCGACAGCCUGGUGCUGCCAUUAAACUGCAGCGACUAUGCAGAGAGUCUGGAGGACUACCUCAACACUGCACUCACCUUAUAUGAACAUCAGCUGAAAGCUAAGAAUAUAUCCAUGGAGCCAUUAAAACUUGCAGUGGCCAACUUUCGUCGUGCCGCCGCUCACCUGGACCACGUGAUUCAUGGUUCAGACCUGGCUAAUGAAAUACCACUGAAGGCCAGAAGAAUCAAUGACCAGCUCAUGCUGCUGGACAGAGCUUUCCUGGACCCUCUGGCCUUCCCUAACAAAUAUGCAUACAGGCAUGUUAUCUGGGCCUCCAGCAGCGCUGGCAAACCGACCUUCCCAGGUCUGGCUGACGCCUUUGCCACGGCCGAGUUAUCAAAUCUGUCAAGGGAUUGGGAAAAAGUUCACUACCACGUGUCAGUGCUGAGCCAGGCCAUCGAAGGUGCUGCCCACACACUGGUCGAUGUCAUUUAGAGGAAGAGUAUAAGAGCAUGAACUUGAGAGACAAUCGGCUGAGCUAUGAGGCAGUUAUUUAUGGAUCGAAUUAAGUGGGAUUUAUAAAUCAAUGGCCAAGGAUGUCUUUGCCUUUGUGACUAGAUUAAAAGAAUUAAAGUUAGGCGAACUUCCUAUUUGGAGGCUUUAAUGAUGAACCCUAACAAUCGUUGGUAUGGUCGUGAUUAUCGACUGUUAAUGAUAGCUUCUUGCAUGUGUUUUCAUGUAACAUGCACUAAAAUUGAAUGAGUUCUUGUGCAGAUCUGAGAUGACAGCAAUAAAAAUGAACGAUCCUCUGCCAAAUGAAAUAAAGACUUGACCCUCAGAA